AUGUCAGUAAGCAAAAUGCAGAGCGGGACGCCGGCCCAUCAUUGCCAUGCUACUCCGAUGCCCACCGUGGCAGAGCGGCCGCAUGGGGAUAAGGAGGCACCCCCGCAGGUGAUACAUAUGACCACUGUUAUGCCAGGGGACAGUUCCUUCGUCACGUGGGACCAAUUCCAGUCCGCUAUGAGUGUGAUAAGAACUGUUAUAGGGGUGACCGUGGAAUCGGGCGCAAUGACUCCCAUACUACCAGAAGACGGCAGCACUAUGCAGGCCUUUCUGCUGCGCUUCGACCGCCGGUACACUCAGAUGGGAUUGGAGCCGCGCGAGUGGGGAAACGCACUUAUUGACCACCUUGUGGCCCUGGAUGAAUACACAGGCCGGUUUGUGGCUGUAGCGGAGCGCGGUUUGGAUGUUUCCCCCGACGAACUCGCUGACUACUACUGCACCGGGCUACCGACAGACCUCCAUCUUCUAAUCACCAAUAACGGGCGGGUGAAAUAUCAGUCGUGGGAACAAGCGGCGACAGCCGCAGCAUGCCUCUACGAGCCCAAGCAGAGUGUCCUGGAGCUCCGAGAAAGGAACAGUCGAGCCAUUUGGGCUGCUAUCCAAGCCAAUGGACCUCGUCGGUGCCAGGAAAUCGAAAAUCGAUCUGGGGGAACCUACGCGAACUGCUUUGAGUGUCAGGGUCGCGGACACCCGGCACAUGUCUGCCCCGGCAAGGGGGAACGUACCAAACGUCUGGGGGAAAUAUGCAAGAAGUGUGGCGGGCUGAGACACUAUGCUCGGGAAUGGACUCAGCCGCUUUCGGAAACGCGGUGGGAGUCGGGGUCGGCGUCGAUCCUGAGUGAAGAGGCCCCGGAAGCGACGACGGAUAGCAACAGGAAGCCUGGAGAGGCAAUAGAAGACAGCUACAGGUCAGACGCGACAGAUAUUGUGCCACACUGGUGGUGGGAAACUUGCACGAAAGAGCGUUACGACCAAGGGGGAGCAUUGUGUUAUAUGGGUACGACGGCGGUACUUCGCGUUGAGCCCGCAGGGAGUCCUUGUGAGGCCCUCUUGGACACUGGGGCUUCGAGAAGUUUCAUUAGUCCUAAAACAGUCGAACGACUGCAGCUCAAGGUGGGGAGACUUCCAGAAGAGCAUAGGUUCACCGUAGCUGCAGUGGUGCGAGUUACCGAUCGUUGGACUGGUGAAGCACAGCUGCAAGGUGACAUUCCCACCGUAGUCCACCCAACGAACCCAGCAGAGCAAGCACAUGAGAUAUUGGUCAAACAAGUGGCGGGUAUCUCAGCCGAGGAGGCAGCUAUAUUCCUACGCCCGCCUCCAAGGAGGUAUAAGUCCCACGCGAAGAAUAAGGCGAAGGCGCGGAUAACGUCGCUCGUUCGUCAGGCGGCGGCUGACACAAAGAAUCUCAGGGCUCCAUUGCACGGUUUGCAUCUCAUACUGGCUUUGCACGAAGCCGGUUCGACGGUGUCCCUAAGGUUCUCCGAUUAA